GUUAAAUGGAACGCGGAUAUUACAUACAAUAUAUUUGACACUUCCGAAGAUCGUUCAUUCACUUUAACUUUGCUUGAAGGUUGUUUCCUUGUGUUUCACCGUGGGUUUGGUUAUUGAUAGGUACUUGAAAUUCAGUAUGGGGAGCCCGCUCAAUUGCAGCAGGACCUUAACGGCUAAUUUAACUCCUGUUGAAAGUAAGAGCAAGGAAACGUUCGUGUCCGAGGAUGAUCCCCGCUUCGUUGACUCUAGUGACGACAAUAUGGAAAUUAUCAUGGAGGCUAUUGAUACAAAGUUACUUAACAAUGAAAUGUUUAAAGAUAUGUCGGAAAAUGUUCAAGAAAGGGCUCUGUAUAGGUCGCGAAGCGGCCUGACCGCACGACUUGAGGAAAGUUCGACUGAUUUACAAGUUCCUUCGGCAAUGAAACAGUUCCUUGGAAAAAAGCUUUCUGGUCUUAUCGAGCAAAAAUAUGUUCUCACUAACACUGUUAAUUUAUCACCUCAAGCAGCGACAUUUAAAAAAGAAGAGAGUCUCAUAAAGUUAUUCUGCAACUCGACAGCUGCUCUGAAAGCUGUUUGUUCACCCUGGGAAUACCUGCCCUCGGUCUCACCGCGUUUUAGAAUUGAAAGGAGGCAUAUGAGAACUAAUUCCCCAAACAGGUUCUCUAAAAUCCGUUCAGUUUCUAUUGAUUAUGAAUUUGUCCAAUCGCAAAAGGAGGUGAGGCACUGGGCAAAGCCGUCGGGCAAAGGUAAGCUGUACCGUUACAGAGCGGGAAAAGCGGGUGUUCUUGAAUUUGUUGAGCCUGAAAAUGAAUUUACAAAAUUUGCGACAAAGGGAAUGAGCAGAGUGUAUAAAUAGAGAAAAUGUAACAUUAUAAAUAUUAUCUAAUAAAAUGUCAAAAUAAAGAAAAAUUUGUCCUUCAGUGCCAA